AACAGAAAAACUGCUUCGAGUCCCUUGGUCUGAGCUAAGCCAUGGCAAGAGUGUCUGUGUGCGUAUACCACUUUCUUGUUUGGGGCUGGUAUAUUUUCAUCAACUGUUAUUUCUCCUUCCAAGAAGGAGAGAAGCAAUUAUCACAAAUGUUCCCGUAUGGAGGCCAGUGGAAAUACUUGACAGUGCUGAAUCUGCUCUUACAGGCUAUUUUCUUCGGGAUCGCCUGCCUGGAUGACGUGUUGAAAGAAAUGAGAAGAAAUAAAGACUUUAAGUGGGUAGCUGCCUCUAGAGAUCUUCUCUUCACAAGCUUGGUUUUUCCUAUCUCCACAUUUGUGUUUAUGACAUUCUGGACAAUCUAUGUGUAUGACCGAGAGCUAGUUUAUCCUGAAUUCCUGGAUAGAAUUUUUCCAAAAUGGUUCAACCAUGCUAUGCACACUGCUGUGUUGCCUUUUUCCCUGAUAGAGGCCAUUCUCAAUCCGUAUCGGUAUCCAUCCAAGAAAAAAGGGCUCACUUUAUUAAGCUGUGCUGCCAUUGCCUACAUCUGCUGGAUACUGAGGAUUUACUAUGUAACCAAAAAGUGGGUAUAUCCCAUGUUUACUAAGCUCAAUCCAGUGUGCUUAACAGGUUUCUUCUUUGCCUGUCAUGCCUUCCUUGUCCUCAUCUAUCUCCUUGGAGAGUACUUAAACCACCUGAUUUGGGCAGGUAAUCAAGGACAACAACAGCUCGUGAAAAGGAAGUGAUUCUGGGUCUUCCCAAUGCCCCAAAGAGGAAGAAGGCUAGAAAAACACCAGAGAGCUAAAUCCUCUGUUCUGGAGACAAAUUUUUGUUUGUCUGUUUCUGUGGGCAAAGGCAAAUGGACCUUAAUUAAAUGAAAGGAUUAGAACAUGA